AUGAAUUGGUUAAGAAAUUGUUUAAUCUAUUUAAGCAUUACUACAUUUGUUGUCUUAUUUACAAAUAGUAUUCAUGUAGAUUUACCUUAUCCAUAUAAUGAUUAUUGUGUUCUAGAAAAUGGAACAAAUCUUUAUAAUCCUAUGAAUCAAUUUGAUGUACCAUGGUUUAAUAUUGACCUUGAUGAUCCAAGAGGUCCAUAUCAUAGAUGGGAUGAGAUUGCUUAUAUUUAUAAAGAUAAUAUUAGAGGACUUCUUAAAGUUGUUGAAGAUUUACUUCUCCCACUAUUCCCAGGUGUUUUAGGUCCUAUUGAAACAAUUUUUGCUGAUAUUGGAGAUGUACUACCAAAUCCAUAUAGAGAAGAAAUAAGAGGUAUUUCUGAUGUUUCUGGAAUACCUUUGGGUCUUAUUGUUUUAUAUAAUGUUUUUUAUGAAAUUUUCACUGUUUGUACAUCUGUUGUAGCACAAGAUUCAAAUGGUCAUGUUAUUCAUGCCAGAAAUCUUGAUUUUGGAUUAUUCUUAGGAUGGGAUCAUGUAACCCAUAACUGGAAAGCUUCAGAACACUUAAGAGGAAUGGUAAUUAAUAUUAAUUGGAUUAAAGAUGGUAAAUUAUUAUACAAAUCAAAUAACUUUGCUGGUUAUAUUGGAAUUUACAAUGGAUUAAAACCAAAUGCAUUUUCAAUUACUGCAAAUGAAAGAUUUAUGCUUGCUGGAGGGUACCUUGGUAUGAUAGAAUAUUUAAUGGGUGAAGAUCCAAACGGUAAAUGGAUGUCAUGGUUAACACGUGAAACUCUUGAAACUGCAACAGACUAUAAUAGUGCUUAUCAAAUGUUAUCUACAAUUCCAAUGCUUAGUCCUGUUUAUUAUAUUCUUGGUGGUGUCAAGCCAUAUGAAGGAUGUAUUAUUCAUAGAUCAUUGAAUCAAACAGAUUUAACAACAUACAUGAAUGCUUCUGAUCCAAAUGGUUGGUAUGUUCUUCAAACUAAUUAUGAUCAAAAUACUGAUACAAUGUUCCUUGAUGAUAGAAGAACACCAGGAAAUAAAUGUAUGAGAAAACUUGGACAAAGUAAUGUAAAUUUUGCUGGUAUUUUUAAUGUUCUUAGUUCACGAACUACACUUAACAAACUUACUACUUAUACUGUUUUAAUGGAUGUAGCUGAAUCAAGAUUUGAAACUCAUCUUCAAAAAUGUGAUGGAUUAUGCUGGGCUUUUUAA